CUUCCUCUGCUUCAACCACCAUGUCGGUUAAUCCAGUAAACCCCAAGCCAUUCCUCCAGGAGCUCACUGGAAAACCCGUAUAUGUUCGGCUAAAGUGGGGUUUGGAGUACAAGGGUUUCCUCGUCAGUACCGAUGGCUACAUGAACCUCCAACUGGCCAAUACGGAAGAGUUUCAAGAUGGCAAGUCCAACGGUGCUCUCGGAGAAGUGUUCAUUCGGUGCAACAACGUCCUCUACAUUAGAGAGGCACCGCCGGAAGACUCAUGAUUGCUCACUCAUCACCCACUCGCUCUCCGAUAAGAUUGGCGAUGACCCGCCAUCUAUCAACUACGCCAGGUUACCAUGUGUUAUACAGCUCCAUCAUCGACCAGUGCCGUCCAACCUUGAGCAUCGAUUGCGGUAGAAAGGAAGCAGACUGGUUGGAGAAAUGGGAACGUGACUGAGCUAGAUAUUCAGGGAAUGCACAUCUAUAAAAAUACAUCUGAGCGUUCCUGUUGUUAUGA